AAUGUUCUCCAAAUUUUUUUUCUAGCUCAGUUCAAUUUUAUCGACCUAAGAGCACAAAAAAGUAUUCUUUUGACGGGCGAGAGAGAGAGAGAGAGAGAGAGAGAUGGAGGAGGUUGCGGUGGUUUCGGACGGUAAAUUGGAGCUAGGCCGGCCGGCUGUAAUACUCUUAUGCGGAAGCCUCGUAUACUACCACUGCGCGUACCGGGACUCAAGCCUCCUUUCGCUCUUCUCCGAUGUUCUUAUCGUGCUCCUCUGCUCUCUCGCCAUCCUGGGCAUGCUCUUCCGUCAGAUGAAUAUCUCGUGAUUGUCAUUCUCUAUGCACAGUCAGUUUUAGGACGAAUGGCAUCUGGCGCUACAAUUGCUUAUGCUGGAUUGUGCAUUUGUUGCCUCUACAUCUUUGCACAAAAUUCUCUGAUGGCCAAAUUCACUUGUAAGAUUGGAAGAAGAGGGUCUGGUGGAGGGGCUCAAGAGAGCAUGUAAACAGAAGAAGCUUCCAUCAUAAUAGAGUUUUUUAUGCCUAGCAUUCACCUGUAGAGUCUAUCGCAUUGCAGUGUACAGUGAAGACAAAAUUAUCAUUGUUCAUAAAAUAAUUCUAUUGAAAAUGUGUAAUUAAUAAAUUGAACAAAUUACUAUUUUUGUUUUUGCAAUCUCUUUUGAGUUUUUUCCAACAAAAUCUUGUUCUGUUCCAUAUGAUUAUUGUUGUAAUUAUUCGAUGCUAUAAAUAACUAUCAGGGGUUUGUU